CGCUCCACUCACAACGUACCAAUAUACUUAGAGAUCUGUAAUCUGUGAUUCCACAACCUGCUUCUAAGUUUCUCUACAAAGUCGGAGAUCGGAGGCCAUGGCGGAAGCAGAGACGUUUGCAUUUCAGGCUGAGAUAAACCAGCUUCUCAGUCUCAUCAUCAACACUUUCUAUAGCAACAAGGAGAUCUUUCUUCGUGAGCUCAUCAGUAAUUCAUCUGAUGCUCUGGACAAGAUCCGAUUCGAAAGUUUGACUGACAAGAGCAAAUUAGAUGCUCAACCUGAGCUCUUCAUCCACAUUGUCCCUGACAAAGCCAACAAUACACUGACCAUUAUUGACAGUGGUGUUGGUAUGACAAAGGCUGACUUGGUGAACAAUCUUGGUACAAUUGCAAGGUCUGGGACCAAAGAAUUCAUGGAAGCUCUUGCAGCUGGUGCUGAUGUUAGCAUGAUUGGACAGUUUGGAGUUGGGUUCUACUCGGCUUACUUGGUUGCUGAGAAGGUCAUUGUAACAACAAAGCACAACGAUGAUGAGCAGUAUGUGUGGGAGUCCCAAGCUGGUGGCUCAUUCACUGUUACCAGGGAUACUUCUGGUGAGAUUCUGGGCAGGGGAACAAAAAUUACCCUUCACCUCAAGGAAGACCAGCUCGAAUAUCUCGAGGAGCGCAGGCUCAAGGAUUUAAUAAAGAAGCACUCUGAGUUCAUCAGCUAUCCUAUCUCUCUGUGGACUGAGAAGACCAUUGAGAAGGAGAUUUCUGAUGAUGAGGAUGAAGAGGAGAAAAAAGAUGAGGAAGGCAAAGUAGAAGAGGUUGAUGAGGAGAAGGAGAAGGAUGAGAAGAAAAAGAAAACAAUCAAGGAAGUUUCUCAUGAGUGGUCAUUGGUUAACAAGCAAAAGCCCAUCUGGAUGAGGAAGCCAGAGGAGAUCACAAAGGAAGAAUAUGCUGCAUUCUACAAGAGUCUCACCAAUGAUUGGGAGGAGCACUUAGCUGUUAAACACUUUUCAGUUGAAGGUCAGCUGGAAUUCAAGGCCGUCCUCUUUGUUCCAAAGAGGGCACCAUUUGACCUCUUUGACACAAAGAAAAAGCCCAAUAACAUCAAGCUUUACGUUCGACGUGUUUUCAUCAUGGACAACUGUGAAGAGUUGAUUCCAGAAUAUUUGAGCUUUGUGAAAGGUAUUGUUGACUCUGAGGAUCUUCCCCUCAACAUCUCACGAGAGAUGUUGCAGCAAAACAAGAUCCUUAAGGUCAUUCGCAAGAACUUGGUUAAGAAGUGCAUUGAGCUCUUCUUUGAGAUUGCAGAGAAUAAGGAUGAUUACAACAAGUUUUAUGAGGCUUUCUCCAAGAAUUUGAAGCUUGGUAUCCAUGAAGAUUCCCAGAACAGAACUAAGAUUGCUGAACUGCUGCGAUACCAUUCCACCAAGAGUGGUGAUGAAAUGACGAGCUUGAAGGAUUAUGUGACAAGGAUGAAGGAAGGGCAGAAUGAUAUCUUCUACAUUACUGGUGAGAGUAAGAAGGCUGUUGAGAACUCUCCAUUCCUGGAAAAGCUGAAGAAGAAGGGGUACGAGGUCCUUUACAUGGUUGAUGCCAUUGAUGAGUAUGCUAUUGGGCAGUUGAAGGAGUUUGAUGGAAAGAAGCUCGUAUCUGCGACCAAGGAAGGCCUCAAGCUUGAUGAGAGUGAGGAUGAGAAGAAGAAAAAGGAGGAAUUGAAGGCCAAGUUCGAGGGUCUGUGCAAGGUGAUGAAGGAUGUACUUGGUGACAGGGUUGAGAAGGUGAUUGUUUCUGACCGUGUUGUGGACUCUCCCUGCUGUUUGGUUACCGGAGAAUAUGGAUGGACUGCUAACAUGGAGAGAAUUAUGAAGGCACAAGCUCUCAGGGACUCCAGCAUGGCAGGGUACAUGUCGAGCAAGAAGACCAUGGAGAUCAACCCGGAGAACCCCAUCAUGGAGGAGCUGUGUAAAAGAGCUGAUGCUGACAAGAAUGACAAAUCUGUCAAGGAUCUUGUUUUGCUGCUGUUCGAGACUGCUCUUCUCACAUCGGGUUUUAGCCUUGAUGAUCCCAAUACUUUUGGGAACAGGAUUCACAGGAUGUUGAAGCUUGGGCUGAGCAUCGAUGAAGAUGCUGGUGAUGCAGAUGUUGAAAUGCCAGCAUUGGAGGACGAUGCUGAGGCUGAGGGCAGCAAGAUGGAGGAAGUAGAUUAAAUCCAUUCUGACAAGCAAUCAUCCGCGGUGUUUCUAUUCGGGGGAAGUAGCUGAACUAAUAUUUUCUUUUGAAGUGUUAGAUUCUCAAUCUGGCUUUUUCGAUUAGUUUUGAUACAGUUGUUAAGAAGUUCUAUUAUUUUUCGAGAGUCUUGUAUGCUCUUUUGGAUGAUAUUGUCAUUUUUGUUUAAUUAUAGAUUGAUUGAUGCUUUGACAAUUCCAGUAUUUUCAGUCUUGUCCCUGUGAAAAUUUUCUGGGGGAGUGUUGGUAUUUA